GCUGAUACAAAAGCUGGUCAACAAGUCAACAACAGAAAAUAUUGGAAACAAAAAUUGAUAAAUUCAUAAACUUUUAUUUUGUAAAGAGAAAGAGAAACAAGAAAAAGAAAAGAACGAUGGACACUGGCAUGAAGCUGAUGUAUGAGGAGGAGGAGACUUUGCUUAUGAGCGAUGCGGGCAAUGAUGAGGAAAUGAUGCACGUGUCUGUGGCAGCUGCAGUGAUGCAACUAGAAGCUUUGAACAAUAUGCAACUGAAUGGGGAACUGGAACCGGAAGCUGAAGUUGAAGGUGAAGUUGAAAGCAAACUUCAGACUGGUGGCAAAGAGUGGCAGCCAGAGAAGCCGAGUGCAUGUGUGCGCUUCCUUCUACGCAUGGGCUUUGGGGCCAUCAUGCAUCCAUAUGAGUAUGCCAAGGUUCUGAUGCAGUUGGGUCACGAGCCGCUGCCCGCUGUGGCAGCCACCAGCUGGCUGGGCAAGUCAACGUUGCUGCUGCCGAGUGUGCAUCAAUAUUUGCGCUACAUCAAGCACACGGAUGGCUUCGUGGGACUCUAUCGGGGAUUGGGCGCUCGCUUCCUUAGCUGCGCCAUCUCGGCCAUGUUCUCGGAGAGUCUUGUUCACGUGUUGGGCAUGUCACGGACCAGACAACGACGUCGCAAGCUCCAUCGUCGCAGCAAUUGCUUUAAGGAGUACGCAUGGAAUCUGAUGCGAGAUGGCAUUGUCGUCACCACUGGCUUGAUCUUUUCGCAUCCCUUUUAUGUGAUCUCGGUGCGUCAGAUGGCUCAGUUCGUUGGUCGUGAGGUUGCCUACAACGAUCUGCGCAGCAGCAUCCAUGAAAUCCUACAGCAUGAUGGUCCUUUGGGUUUCUAUGCGGGCUUUGUGCCGCGUUUGCUUUGCGAUCUUGGCGUGCUCUUUGUCACCAGCACUUUGAGUGCUGCUUGUGAGCGACUCUGUGUCGAUCGAUCGUCGAUGCGACAAAUGGAAUACAAUUCGGUGCUGUUUCAGUUUGGCGCUGUUCUCCUGUUGUAUCCCCUCCAAGUGGUUGGCGCCUGCAUGGCCUGCUCGGGCUCGGGGAUUGCGGCUGGGGCUCCGCCCUUCAUGCCCGUCUAUGGCCAGUGGAUCGAUUGCCUCAUGGAUCUGUUUGCCCGUGGCGAUCACUAUCGUGGCGCCUUCAUAUUUCGUCGCACGUUGCCUCGCCUGCAAAUGAAUCGCAUGCACGAUGCCUUCCCUAUUUCCCGCAUGAUUUGAGAGGUUUCAUUUAGAUGGAUGACGGUGCUUGGUUCAUUGAGCGUAUGCUUGAUGAUGAUACUUUUCCC